AUCUGGCACGAGGGAAAGGAGAGCCGGGAACAGAGCAGCAGCCCGUCGCGCGAGGAGCGUGGAACGGGCACGAUCCGUCCAAUCACGUUCUCUGCCGCUUGACAGGCGUCUCCGGCGUCCUAUCCGGACGAGGUAGAGAGACGAGGCGAGGGCUCGGCGCCGCGGGUUAGCCAGAGCGCGCCGGGCGGCGAGGGCGGCGGGAUGGGCUCCGAGGGCUGGGCGGCGGCGGCAGCGGGGGGCUCGGGGACCGCCACCGCCGCCCUGCUCCUGCUGCUCUUGGCGCUGUCACUGGUGCUGCUGGUGGUGAGGCAGCUGCUGAAGCAGAGGCGGCCGGUGGGCUUCCCUCCGGGCCCCGCGGGGCUGCCGCUCGUGGGCAACAUCCACUCCCUGGCCGCCGAGCAGCCCCACGUCUACAUGAGGCGGCAGAGCCAGCUCCACGGGCAGAUCUUUAGCCUUGAUCUUGGAGGUAUCUCUGCUAUUGUACUGAAUGGAUACGACACAAUUAAAGAAUGCCUUGUUCAACAGAGUGAGGUUUUUGCAGACAGGCCAUCUCUUCCUUUGUUCAAGAAGCUGACAAAAAUGGGAGGUUUAUUGAACUCAAGAUAUGGACGAGGUUGGACAGAGCACCGCAAGUUAGCUGUAACCAGCUUUCGGACUUUUGGGUAUGGUCAGAAGGCCUUUGAAAGCAAGAUAUCAGAAGAAUCGGUGAUCUUCCUUGAGGCCAUUGAUACCUAUAAAGGGAAACCCUUUGAUAUGAAAUACCUGAUAACAAAUGCAGUUUCAAAUAUUUCUAACUUAAUUAUUUUUGGAGAGCGGUUUACAUAUGAGGACACUGAAUUUCAGCACAUGAUUGAUAUAUUUAGUGAAAACAUUGAAUUGGCAGCUAGUGCUUCUGCAUUUCUGUAUAAUGCUUUUCCAUGGAUUGGCAUCCUGCCUUUUGGAAAACAUCAGCAACUAUUUAAAAAUGCAGCUGAAGUCUAUACCUUUCUGCUCCAUCUUAUUCAGCGUUUCUCACAGAACAGGAAGCCUCAGUCACCUCGUCAUUUCAUAGAUGCCUAUUUAGAUGAAGUGGCUAAACAUAAAAAUGACCCAGAGUCUACAUUUUCCAUGGAGAACUUAAUUUUCUCUGUUGGAGAACUUAUGAUUGCUGGAACAGAAACUACAACAAAUGUUCUAAGGUGGGCAGUGUUGUUCAUGGCUCUUUAUCCUAAUAUUCAAGGACAAGUCCAUAAAGAAAUUGAUAUGGUCAUUGGGCCAAACAAAACACCCAGCCUGGAAGAGAAAUGUAAAAUGCCAUAUACAGAGGCUGUGCUGCAUGAAAUUUUAAGAUUCUGUAAUGUGGCUCCCCUCGGUAUUUUCCAUGCCACAUCUAAGGACACAGUUGUGCGUGGCUAUUCUAUCCCUCAAGGCACUACAGUCAUUACAAACCUCUAUUCUGUACAUUUUGAUGAAAAGUACUGGAAUAAUCCAGAAAUGUUUUGCCCCGAGAGGUUUUUGGACAGCUCUGGACAGUUCAUCAAGAAGGAAGCCUUUGUUCCAUUUUCAUUAGGACGAAGACACUGUUUAGGAGAACAGCUGGCCAGAAUGGAAAUGUUUUUAUUUUUUACUUCAUUACUUCAGCGAUUUCACCUUCAUUUUCCUAAUGGUUUGACCCCAGACCUUAAGCCAAAGUUAGGCAUGACAUUGCAACCUCAUCCAUACCUUAUCUGUGCAGAGAGACGGAUAUGAACAUCAAUGACAUAGUAACAAUUCAACAUAUAAGGUUCUUGUAGCCUGUAGCAUGACAAAGUGGUGAGAUGAGUUAAUACUUCCAUGACCAAACUAAUUAAAUUCUGUCCAGAUAUUUUAAAAAAGCAACAUACAUAUUAUAUUAUCAAAUUGCUGAGCUUCACAAAGGGAAGACAGGAGUUGAUUUCUAAGGGCAGGAAAUGGAGAAUGGACAACUAGGAUGCUCCAUGCUACUCAUGCAUUUUAAUAGUAUUAUAUUUGUCUGUUUUAAUCAUUACGAGAAGUGGGUAACAAAUAAAAGUUGUUGCUGUUGUUAUUUAAUUCCAUGAGUAGUAGAUAACAGUCCUAGCAGAAAAAAUGUAACAUGGUCAUUAGUCUCAUAGUUGCUCUAUUUUCCAAAAUAACUUCUCUUUUGGUACCACUCCCUCAG